AUUAUAGAUAUAACUUUCAUCCCUAACAGUAGCCGAAAAAUAGAACAUCCAUGUCUCUAGACGGUAGUAUUAAAUCAAAUUCCCUCUCGGAAUCAUCGGGUAGUUCUAGUAAUCAUUUGCCGUUUUAUCAGGAACAUUUUGAUAUUAUGACCGAUGUAGCGUUGAAUGGAAGUCCUGCGUCUAAUUUAACAAGGAGCGGUACUGUAAAAAGAGCUGAUGGGUCUCGCUUCUUUAUUAAAAAAAAUGUUGUUGGUAGAAGUUUUUCCGAAGAUGAUGAUAGUGUUUUUUUAUCCAAAGAUAAAGUUAAUCCUGUCGGUUCUUGUUUAAAUAAUCGAUUUAGAAGAUCUUUGGAUAGUACGUUUAGGAGAAGUUUGGAAUCGAUAUCGGAGCAUAAGAAGACGAAACCAUUCUCUCCCACACGUACGCUAAGUACUAGUAGAGGUAGUUCUUUGGAUUUAUUUUCUUCUGAACAAGACUGUGCCGUUAGGAGCUUAACAAAUAAUAAAAACGACGAAGACGAAACCGUCCAAAGUCCGGCAUCUAGUUAUCUUUCUUGGAUAGAAAGUGUUAAUAACAUUGAGAAUACGACAACAGAAGUUCAACCUAAUGAUAAAAAUGAUGUAGAAGGAAAAGUUGGAGAGUGGAACAACUUUUGGUUGAAUUAUAAUACUGCUAGAAAUCGAUAUAUGUCUAGCACUUAUCUAACCGAUGAUAGAAUGGCAGAUGAUGUAUCGGAAGCGAUAAGCAGUAAUAGCACGCAGAAGGGAUUAGGCGAAAAACCACCUGGAGAAUGUAUAUUUUUAACGGUUGACGAGAUUCAUGAAGCAUUGAAAUAUUCUAAAAAGCUCACAGAAAUUCUUCAAACAGCUUUAAUACGAAGCAACCAUGAUUGCGAAAAUUCAAAUCCAGAAACUUCUUUCUAUUCAGAAUCAUUUUCCAGACGAAAUUCAUCACCAAAAGAAGAUAAUGGUUCAAUUUUUACUAAAGAAGAUUUGAAAAGAGUCGCGAGAGAACGAUCCGCGUCAUACAUAAUAACAACUCAAGAACAUAUGAAACAAAAAGAGUUGGUUAAACCAAGUAACCAGUCGUCGAGUACGAGUUGCAUUAACGCUAUUUUAAAUACUGGUGUAGCUGACAUUCUAAAAAGAGUGAUCAGCAAGAGACGAGACAUUAUGACACCGGAUGACAUGUCCUCGGUAACGAGAAGUUUUUCGGAAUGGGGUGGCAAAUGAUUUUUAUUUGUGAAAUAUUAUUAUAAGAGUAAAUAUCACGCUUCAUGUUUAUAUUAUAAUUAUUGUGUUAAAUCAAGAGAUGUGUGAAUUAUUUUAUUUUUUCUACGCUCAUGUCUGUAAACGUCAAAAAUCGCACUGUCAACAUCCCUUGUAAAUGACAUUUAACAAUAACAUGCACGUAACGAGAUCCCAUAACAUACACGUGUGUUUUGAGAAGAAAACUUAAAAUUCUUGGUUUAAUUAAAUUAGAAUCAAAUUUUUAUUUACGUAAUACUUUAUUUGGUCUAUUUACACAAAUUUAGUCAAUUAAAAACUUUUAGCAUUACCGAUUUAAGAUUGAAAGAGUGAUGCCCCUAAAUGUAGGCAGCACAUUAUACAAUUUCUUUAAAAAUAGGACACGUUUUCUUAAGUAGCAUGUAUAAAUGGGCGUAGAAAAAUUAUAGUACAUUACACAAGUUGUAAGCCCAUUACGCAUUCAUUAAAUUUUUCACUUACAACUUUUAUUACGUAAUAUACUAUUAAAAUAUAUAUUGACAA